AACGCUGCCACAGCGAAGAUGAGGCUUGUGAUGACAUUUGUGCUAGCAGCGCGGUAGGAGAAGUUACCACUCCGCAGGGAAACUGUAGCUACCACCGCAGAACUGGAGUAAACUGCUCAUGUCGUCUUUGGCGAGCGCGGAGCGACGUGCGUUCGCUCUGAAAAUUAACAGACACUCGUCUGCUGAGAUCAGGAGACACUUCGGUGGGAACUAUGGGUCCCCCCAGGUCUCCAAGCAACAUAGUCGUCACAGCUCCAUCGCAUCAGUCUCCACUUGCUCCACCGUGCCCCAGUCGUAUGACGCGGUGGAGCCCUUGGACCUGGAAGAGUUUCUGAUGUCACAGCUACGGAGUGGAGACUCCGCCCUCAUGCAGGAGCUUGGAGAUUUCCCCGACGACGACCUGGAAGUAGAACUGGUGGAGAAGGAGUGUCGGACCGUACGCCACUCUGUACCGGAGGAGGGGGUGGAGUUGGAUUCCCAUGUCAGGGACUGUGUUCAGAGUUACACCCAGCCCUGGCUGAUGGUCAGCAGGAGGUGCCAGGGAGAUAGUUGGAGUGCAUAUUCGGAGCGGGCAAGUCUACACAAAACUCUGCAGAAACAGACAUUUGAGUCUGACGUCCAGCCAGAGAAACUAGAGACACCGGUGAAGUCCCCGUCCCUGGCGGUACUGAGUGAUGACUCCAGCAGGACCCUGACCUCCUCUGACUUUGACCUCCGCUCUGGUCUGACCCCUGACCCCAGAGUGGAGGGGCUGCUGCACUUCAGUAACCAUGACGACCUGGACAGGUUCAACCAGGAAGCCCGGCAGGGGAACCGCCACCCUGAGCUGUUUGCCCUGUACCCACCAGCCGACGACGAUGAUGCAGUGGAGAUCCGGCCCAUUCCCGACUGUCCCAAAGAGCACAUGGGCGACCGGAUCAUCAUCCGGUGUCAGGCCAUCAAGUUUGAGAUUGACAUUGAACCACUGUUUGCUACCCUGGCUCUGUACGACCUGCGAGAGAAGAAAAAGAUAUCCGAGAACUUUACUGUAUCUGAACUAGACAGUUUUAAAGGGUUCUGCAUAGCCCCAUCCGCACGAGACGGAGCCAUCCACCCUCUCCCGAGCAGCCAUAUUCUUCCUCACAUAACCCUCUCCAGACAUCUUCCACUGUUUCAGCGCUCUGAUGACUGUUCCGCUGUGGAAGACGAUAUCAUGGGUUACAGUGAUAGUGAUAUGAUGUACCUGCUGUUUGGCGUGUUCGAGGUGACCCUGUUGUUGGCCUUCAAUAUGUACCUCUGUGUUGCGCUGUGUCGAGUGAUUUCCCGUGUGGCUGUGUUCAGAGUGAUGUACCUCUGUAGUGACUGUUACACCUUCUGUAUGAUGUACUCUGUGUCUUGGCUGUGUUUCAGAGUGAUGUACCUCUGUGUUGGCUUGUUUCAGAGUGAUGUACCUCUGUGCUUGGCUGUGUUUCAGAGUGAUGUCCGUCUGAGUGAUGUUACCUCUGUGUUGGUGGUGUUUCAGAAGUGUGAUACCUCUGUUUGUUCAAGUGUGAGCCUGUUUGCUUCAGGUGAUGUAGCCGUCUGUGUUGGCUGUAGUUUCAGAAUGAUGUACCUCUGUUAUCCAGGUAAAUCCAGCAGUCUGGAAAAGAGAGGUCAGUUGCCCAGAAGGAACUCAGAGAGGUUCGGUACCAUGGAAGACCAGUGUAACAUGUCUGCCUUCAAACCUGCUACCAUCACCAUCAGCACCUUCUGCAAGCAGGAGGGGGACCGUCUGAGUGAUGAGGACUUGUUUAAGUUCCUGGCAGACAUCAAGAAGUUCUCAUCCCUGCAGAGAAGAAUUAAAACCAUACCAGGUACAAUAAGACUGGAUGUGACUCCGGUCCAUGACAACCCAGUGGCCUGUCUGUCUACUGAGCUGAUCCCAGUCAAACCACUGGCUGAGAAGAACGUCCGACCUGUCAAAGAGGUUUUGGAGUUCCCCUCCAGCGAGGUCUAUGUUCCACACAGCACUUACAGGAACCUGCUCUAUGUAUACCCCCAGCGACUCAACUUUGUCAACAGGCUGACUUCAGGAGGAAGGAAUAUCACUAUUAAAAUCCAGUUUAUGAGUGGAGAAGACCCCAGCUGUGUGAUGCCUGUCAUUUUUGGAAAAUCGAAUGGUCCUGAGUUUGUGCAAGAAGUAUACACCCCGGUCACGUACCAUAACAAGUCUCCAGACUUCUAUGAGGAGGUGAAGAUGGCUCUGCCUGCCAGGCUGACUGAGAGACACCACCUGCUGUUCACAUUCUACCACAUCAGCUGUCAACAGAAACAGAACCAGACUGGAGCCAGUGAGGCACUCAUAGGUUACUCUUGGCUGCCUAUACUGAGUACUGACAGGCUACAGACUGGUCAGUACUGCCUCCCCAUCGCCCUGGACAGAUUGCCUGUCAACUACUCACUGCACUCACCUGAGAGGAUUACCCCUCAGGUUCCUCCAGUCAAGUGGAUGGAAAGUCACAAAGAGUUUUCAACCUGGAGAUACAGGCUGUGUCCUCAGUACACACACAGUCUCCGUUGGCUCUACCUGGUAGUGGUAUUGGGGUGGAAGAUGCCUAGUGCCCUUAUCGGCUCUAAUCUGAUAGUGAGGAUACCCCUCAGGUUCUCCAGUCAAGUGGAUGGAAAGUCACAAGGAGUUUUCAACCUGGAGAUACAGGCUGUGUCCUCAGUACACACACAGGACAACCACUUGGAGCGUUUCUUCACAUUGUGCCAUGCCCUGGAGGGCGGAGUGACGUUCCGCUCCGGGUUCGGGAAAGAGAAGAUCCGAGAACAAGCUGGACACGAGCUGACUGAGAUCAUCUCCCUGUCGUCCUCCAGACUGGAACCUCUGGUCCUCUACCGCCACCUGGUCUUAGAUAAACUGUUACACCAUCAUCAGCCAGCCCAUGCCAACCUGGCCCAGAUAGCGUUUGAGUCAGUGGUGUCAAUCGUCAACAGUCUCCACAACAGCCAGGAGCUGGCCAGGGACCAGCAGGGCAGGAACGGUCUCCUAGCAACAUACCUGUACUGGGUGUUCCGUCUGCCUGACUCCAAUGAGCUCCUCAACACAGGUCCAGGGGGUGUGGUACCUUCCACUGAGGGCCGCUACAGUACUAUGGGGCGGGCCUCAGCCACCACAGUAGGAACCAUGUUACUGCAGUCCAGGAUCCGCAGCAGCAGCAACCCUGAUAUCCCUGCCCCACACAGUGCAGAAGACACAGAAGUCAAUAACAUCCUGUCAGCUAAGGGCCAGAACAACCCAGGCAGUCGUAUGUCGACCUAUGUGGAUGUGAGCAGCCACCCUCAGAGCUCUACGGGCGGGACCCGGCCCUCCAACAGAAAACAGUUCCAUGAGGAGUUAGCUCUACAGAUUGUGGUCAGCACAGGAGUCUGCAGAGAGAACGCAUAUAAAUAUGCCUGGUUCUUCUUUGAACUGCUGGUGAAGAGCAUGGCCCAGCAUGUGUCUCAGCUGGAGAAGCAAGACGUCCCUCGCAGGAGCCGCUUCUCAGACCGCUUCAAAGAUGAUGUCACAACCAUCGUCUCCGUGGUUACUGCUGAGAUAGGGACCAUCCUGGUCAAACAGCAGAAGGAGUUGGAGCAGGCAGAGAAGGUGAACAUCAGCCUGGCCUUCUUCCUGUAUGACCUGCUGUCUCUAAUGGACCGAGGCUUUGUCUUCAUCUUGGUCAAAAACUACUGCAACCAGAGGGGUAAGGUCCAGAGGAAGGCCAUCAACGCCACCUACAGUCUGCUGUGUGCCCAUGACCUGGACCAGCGCUGUACCCGUCCUGACGUCCGGGCCAAGGUGGCCACUCUCUACCUCCCCCUGGUGGGCAUCAUCAUUGACUCCAUCAACUACCUGGACUUCACAGUGUCCGAGGCUCGCGGAGGGAAGAGCAAGACCGGAGGGUCAGACGAAGACCCCGACAACAUCCCGCCCAUUAAUCAGUCUAUUGCUAUGGCAAUCGCCGGCAAUCCCUUCAACACCUUGGCGAGGAAUGCCCUGGCUUCCAUGGCGUCUGUGCAGUCUGCUAAGGCAGUGGCCACCCUGUCGGCAGAGACCAGCCGUAACCUGCUGCUGUGUUUCCUGUGGGUAAUGAAGAACGCUGAGAGGAGUCUGAUCCAGCGCUGGACUGUAGACAUGCCCUCAGCACAGCUCAACAGACUGCUAGAACUACUCACCAUCUGUGUUUCCUGCUUUGAGUACAGGGGGAAGCGGAGCAGUGAUAAGGUGAGCACGCAGGCCUUACAGAAGUCCCAGCAGGCCAAGAUGCAGCUGGAAGACUCCCUACUGAGGGGCAUCGGAGCCCGGGGGGAAAUGAUGCGACGGGCUGGAGGAAGUGACCGUGCAGGUCAGAGAGUGAACCUGCGCUGGAGAAAAGACCUGACACAGUGGAGGCAGACCAAUGACAAACACGACAAAACCAAAGCAGAGCUAGACCAGGAGGCUCUGAUCAGUGGGAAUCUGGCUACCGAGUCCAACCUCAUAGUCCUGGACCUACUGGAGACCAUAGUACAGGCUGUUCCAUUGGCUGACUGUAAGGACAGUGUUGUGGGCGGUGUGUUGAGGGUGUUGCUACACUGUCUCACUUGCAACCAGAGUACAACCUUCCUGUCUCACUGCUUCAGCACACUGCGAGCACUCGUCGUCAAGUUUGGUGACCUGUUGUUUGAAGAGGAAGCCGAGCAGUGUGCAGACCUGUGUCAGAAGGUGCUCCAGCACUGUAGCAGUCCUGUGGAUGGAAAUAGAAGCCAGGCCUGCGCUACCCUAUACCUCAUCAUGAGAUACAGCUUCAGAAUAGGAUCCAAACUUCUCCCGGUGAAGAUGCAGGUGACUAUGUCUCUAGCCUCUCUGGUGGGAAGCCGAGACUUCCAUGAGGAAGUACCUCCGCAGGUCCCUACGCACAUACUGGCCUAUGCAGAGGAGACACAGAGAUGCAGAACACACACGCUGCCCUCACAGGUGGAUGAGCUGCUAGAACUAAACAGUAUCCUGUCAGACACGGUGAAGAUGAGGUUCCAAGAAGACCCAGAGAUGCCUAUGGACCUCAUGUACAGGAUAGCGAAGGGUUACCAGACGUCUCCUGACCUGAGGUUGACCUGGCUGCAGAACAUGGCGGAAAAACACAAGAACAGGAAGUGUUUUACCGAGUCGGCCAUGUGUCUGGUCCAUGCUGCAGCCCUGGUGGCUGAAUACCUCAGCAUGCUGGAGGACCACAAAUACCUGCCUGUGGGCAGUGUCACCUUUCAGAACAUCUCUCCCAACGUGCUGGAGGAGUCAGCGGUAUCAGAUGACAUACUGUCCCCAGAUGAAGACGGUGUCUGUUCAGGACAAUACUUCACCACCAGUGGUUUGGUGGGCCUACUGAAGCAGGCUGCAGAACUCUUCAGCAACGGUGGUCUGUAUGAGACAGUGAAUGAAGUGUAUAAGAUCAUUAUGCCUGUUCUGGAGGCUCACAGAGAUUUCCGGGAGCUGGUCUCUACUCACGAGAAACUCCAGAGAGCCUUCGACAACAUCAUUCAGAAGGGCCAUAAGAGGAUGUUUGGUACAUAUUUCCGGGUGGGUUUUUAUGGGGCCAAGUUUGGAGACCUGGACGAACAGGAGUUUGUUUACAAGGAGCCAGGGAUCACCCACCUGCCAGAGAUAUCCCACAGACUGGAGAACUUCUACAGUCAGUGUUUUGGCGAUGCCCUGGAGAUGAUCAAAGACUCCAAAGGCAUAGACAGAAGCAAACUGGAUGCUAACAAGGCCUACAUACAGAUCACCUACGUGGAGCCCUUCUUUGAUGACUAUGAGAUGAAAGACCGCCUGACCAACUUUGAGAAGAACUUCAACUUGCGUCGCUUCAUGUACACCACGCCCUUCACAAAGGCCGGGCGGCCGCGUGGUGAGCUCAACGAGCAGUACAAGAGGAAGACCAUCCUCACCACUAUGCACACCUUCCCCUACAUCAAGACGCGCAUCAACGUCAUCCAGAAAGAAGAGUUUGACCUGACUCCCAUUGAGGUGGCCAUCGAGGACAUGCAGAAGAAGACCAGGGAGCUAGCAGUAACCACACACAGGGAGCAGCCCGAUGCUAAGAUGCUCCAGAUGCUUCUACAGGGCUCUGUGGGAGCCACCGUCAACCAGGGACCGUUGGAGGUGGCCCAGGUCUUUCUGAAUGAGAUCCCAGCAGACCCCAAGCUCUUCCGUCACCACAACAAACUGCGCCUGUGUUUCAAAGAGUUCAUCAUGAGGUGUGGCGAGGCUGUGGAGAAGAACAAGCACCUGAUCACGUUGGACCAGAAGGAGUACCAGCAGGAGUUAAAGAAGAACUACAACCGUCUGAGAGAGAACCUGCGGCCCAUGCUGGAGAGGAAGAUACCCGAGCUCUACAAACCCAUCAAACCACGCCUGGAGAACAGGGAUUCCGUCAAACGGCUCAGUUUCCGCAGAGCACUGGAGGAAAACUCCUGAGACGACCAGACAGACUAAUCUAUCUGAGGGAAUGCUCCAGAGGCCAGAGAAAAAAGGAUGCUGUAAAAGUAGAAAAGGUGGCAAAGAGAAGAGGGAGAGCAGAAGGCAGUCCUCAUUCACCAUGGAAGAGCAGUACUGUACACAUGAUUACACGGAGGACUUACAAUAAUAUCUGAAUCAAUAACACAACAUUGCUAGUUCUCUUGAGUUCUAUGAUUACUGCUAGUCCUAACGAUGCUGCAAACUACUGUGGGUUUGAGAAAGACGAGUACAAGUUCCACAUUUAAGGGAUACUUCAGGAUGUUGGCAAUGAAACUCUUUAUCUACUUCCCCAGAGUCAGAUGAACUUGUGGAUACCAUUUU